AACCCUGAGCUACCAGUGUGGGAGGGUGGGGACACACAGCAGAGCACUUGCAGCGGACUUCCUUUUUCGCUCACUUCACCUCGCAGAACUUGGAGUUUGUCCCUGCUCACGCGAUCAGUGCCAAAUCCCUCCAUCUACAAUGGACACCUCAGUGGUCUAUGCUGACUUAAACCUAGCCAGGACCCCAGAGCCCACACAGACAUCAUCUCCAUCUCUUCCCCCAGACACCUGUCGGUGCCCACGCUGGCAUCGGUUGGCUCUGAAAUUCGUCUGUGCUGGGCUCAUCCUUCUUGUCCUGGGGGUGAUUGGACUCAGUGUCUUAGUGCUAUCACUGCUCCAAAACACAUCAGCAGAAAAAAGCAGUGUGGAUGUUCAAGUGAACAGGACAAAACCAGCAGAGAGUCCAGCUAAGUCAAUGUGCCCAAAAGACUGGAUUCCACACAGACAUAAAUGCAUACAUUUUUCUCAAGUUUCCAACACUUGGAAGGAAGGUAUGGAUGACUGUGAUCAGAAAGGAGCCACUUUGCUGCUUGUUCAAGACCAAGAAGAGCUGAGAUUCCUACAGAACCAGACAAAAGACUUUAUAUUUUGGAUUGGACUAAGAUAUGAAUUGCCUGACAAGACCUGGAAGUGGAUAAACAACUCUGCUUUAAGCUCUGAUGUAGUACAAGUUACGGGUGAAGCUAAAGCAGACAGCUGUGGUUCCAUCUCAAAGGACAAAGUGGUUUCUGAGGACUGUGGUUCAGACAACCGCUGGAUCUGCCAAAAGGAACCAAAACGUGAUACCAUGUGCAAUGACUCCUGACUGCAAACCGCAUCUCGAUUACUUAACCAUGCACAGCAGAUCUGCACACUCAGUCUGUCCUUGCUGUCUGCCCUCCCAGUUCAGUUAGUGGCACAAAGCAUGGACUCUAAAAGCACCAUGAUGCUUACAGAUAGUUUAUUCUGUAAAUGUGAAUGGACAAAGACAGAAAUGUGCCAUUCUAAGAGAGGUGUUCUGUGAAAAGAAGCCCAGGAAGCUGAGGGGCUUCAAAUCCUGGACACCAUGACCUUCACUGUUUGUGUCUGAGCUCAUCUGCAAAGCAGCCACAGAAAACCAUUUACAAACUCAUUAUUAAAAUGCUUGCAGUACAGGAACUGGUGGCUCUGGGAAUGCUGAGCCAGGAGGGUCAUGAGUUCAAGGCCAGCCUCAGUAUGUGGAUUAAAUGAUAAAUGUCUUCCAUAGCUUUGGGCAUUUUACCACUUGGUCCCCAGUUAGUGGCACUGUCAGGGGGUUCAGGGAGUGCAGCCUUGCUGGAGGAAUGUCACUGGAGGUGGCCCUUGAGAGUAAAAGCCCCAGCUACUUGUAGCUUGCUCUGCUUCAUGCUUCCAGUUCAAGAUGUGAGCUCUCAGCUGUCUACUCCAGCUGCCAUGCUUCCUGCUUCCUUGCCUGUAUGGACUCCAACCCUCUUGAAUGAAAAGUCAAAUUAAACUCUUCUAU